GGGCUCGCUGCUGCCGCUGCUCUCGCGAGAGUUGGCGGCGCGGCUCUCGCUAUCUUUGUUCGCGGCGCUCGAGCGGGAGGAGGAGGAGCGGCAGGAGGCGGCGCGGCUCGGGCUGUGAGCGGCGGUGGCGGCGCUCACGGAGUAAAAAAAACCACCCGCCCGCACGGUGGUUUUUUUUACUCCGUGCGACAAUGCGAGCGGGGCGGCCGUGUGGCCCACGGGCAGGCGCGGGGCCGCUCUCACGGCGUUCUCACGCCGCCUAAACACCCCACCCCCAGCACCCCCCCCCCGUUGCGUGCCGGGCUACAGCUGCCGCUGCUGCUGCUGCUGCCGCCUCCCCGGGUGGAGGUGGCUGCUCGACCGCUGCGUGUGGCUGGCGGAGCGGCUGCGUGGGUGUUGGGGCGGGCGGGUUGUUGUUGUUGCCUGCUUGUAUCGUCGUCUGACCGGGUAAGGUGCCCGCUUACGCGCGCGGGUAGGUGGGUCGCUGGCUUGACGACAGCGGCGGCGGCGGCGCGCGCGAUUGCCCAACGGCGUUGUCAGUGCCUGCCGAGUGUGCGUGGGCUGCUCGUGUGGCUGUGUGAAGCUGACGAUGCGACCGGGCGUCCUUCGGAAUCGACGACGGUAGCAAGGUUUCGUCGCGCGCAAGAGGAGCGGCAUCGGCAGCAGUGGCCCCCGGCCCCGCCGGGGGGGGGGCCUCCCCGCCGUGGCCUCGCACCGUGGCCGCGCCGUGCCGGCCUCCACGGCCGGGGAGCCGCCCCGCAGGGCCCCGGGUUGCCCCAUGGCCGCCUCCCGGGCCGUGCUGCAAUCGGUGCAGAGACUCGUGGCUCUGGAGCAGCGAGCCCGGCGGCUCGCCCAGCGCCUGCGCCUCGCCCAGGCGGAGGCGACCGAGAGCCACGCGCGGCAGCAGCUGCGCGACCUCCUGGCCGAGCAGCAGCAGCCGCCGCUGCCUCCAUCUCCAUCACCGCCUCCUCCUCCUGUACAAUCGCAGCAGCAGCAGCGGCAGCGGCCGCCCCGUGCCGUCGACGCGGCCGGGAGGCCCCCGCGGGGUGUCGUCGAGGAGCUGGGCCGUGUGCCCAGGAGCCUGGCGGCCGCGCUGAGGCACGUCGAGAGAGCUCUGGACUCUGACGCCACGGAGAGCAGCUCGGGUGGCGACACGGAUACUGAGGAGGUGGACGACGACCACGUUAGAGACGCCUACUGCGGCGGCGGCGGCGGCGACGACGCCGACCACCACCACCAGGGUAGCCGCAGCGGCGGCGGCGGCGCCUGGGUUGGCGAUCCCGGCGCGGGGGCGUGGAUGGGCCGGGUCCAUCACCACCAACACCACCACCACGAUCAACAACAACAGCAGCAGCAGCAGCACCUCGAGCAUCCUCGCUCGGCCUUGCGGCGGAGCACCGCGUGGCUGUGGGCGCGGGAGCGCGCGAUGGUGGCGAGCCGUUGGACGUGGCUCACGGCGCAGGUGUCCGACCUGGAGUACCGCAUCCGGCAGCACAACGAGCUCUACCGCCAGAUCCGCAUCGGCAAGGGUCCCGUGGUCCUCGGAGACCUCCAAGCCCCCGAGGACGUGACGAGACCACACCGGAGGCUGCCCGGUACCGGCGCCGGCGCCGCCGCUUUGCCGCUCGCCGGUGAAAUGGGGGGCGGUCGCGUGGAGAUGUCCGCCUGCAGCCCCGCUCUGCUGCUUAGCAACCUCCACAAGCAGAGCUCACGCCUUAAGCAAAGUCUAGGCGGCAUGGUCUGUCCUCUCAGCCGAGCCUCGUCUCCACAGCCCAAACCUUCUCCACCGCAGCUCAACGGUGUUCUGGCCAGCUCGUCGAGCUGCACGCGAGGAGGAGAUGCGCCGCCGGACGGCUCCGACGCCGCCAAGCGCCGCCCCGCCGUGGUUUCUCGUGGGGCCCCCGCGCCGCCGUCCCCGCCCGGCAGCUCGUCGUGCGUGGCGGCACGGACGCGGCCCCUGCGGGAGCUGCGCCGUCGGCGAGUGCUGCGAGCCAGCGACGCUUACUUCCUGAGCCGCAAGGCGCAGCGGCCGGUGACUGUGAGGUGCAGCUGUGAGCAGCCACUCAGCUGCAUGGUGUGCGUGUCACCGUACACCACGCAGCAGCAGCAGCAGCAGCAGCAGCCCAUGAACCUGGACACCAUGACCCUGCCUGAGAGGGCAGCAGUGCUCAGCCCAUCCACCCAUCCCGUGCUCUCUCUCCCAAACGAUAUCCCUCUACACCUGCACUUCCAGAGUCUGAUGAAGCGCGCCGAGUGGCACGAGCGGAUGAAUCCCAAACCCAAAGUGCCAGCCAGCAGCAGCAGCAGCAGCAACAACAGCAGCAGCAACAACAACAACAGCAGCAGCAGCAGCAGCAACAACAACAACAAGAGGCCAACAGGCGUCCCACGACCGUGGACAGCCUCGCCAGGCAGCCCUGCCGAGCGCAAGCAGCGCCACAAACCUGACGCCUCCCUGCUGACCACCAAGUGCGACUGGAGUAAGGCAUGCGUGGAUCCGUCGCUGUGGCAGUACCUGGACAGUGUGGAGCGAGGGCUUUCACCGCUGGACUCCUUGGAUACAGAUGGGGAGGACGGUGGCCACUUCAAGAAAAGGAGGCGCUCUGGGCACAGCCCCCUCGCAGCGGGCAGCAAGAGGCAGCGUGGCGGGGUGCGGAGUCGGAGCCUCACCCUGGGGGAGUCCCCCGAGGGCACGGCGGCGGUGGUGACGGUGCCGCCGCUGCGCCAGGCCUACACGCCCGUGCCGGCCGACGCGUCGCCCGCGCCACCCACGCUGCCCUUGGCCAGCGCGUACGCCCACACGUCCGCUGCUACGCCCACGUCCACGCAGGCUUCUGCUCGGCGACGGAGGGUGGAGAACUCCUUCGAUAUCAACAACAUCGUCAUUCCGCUGUCCAUGGCUGCGUUUGCCCACGUGGAGAAGAUCCAGUACAAGGAGAUUCUCACUCCUGGGUGGCGUGAGCUGGGAUUUGAGAAUGAGGGGCCAGACAUUGAGGAGGAAGCUGAAGAGGUGGAGGACGUUUCGGACGAGUCGUUUGCCGAUCGCCACGCCCGGUUUGAGCAGAUGGAGAAGACGCGAUGGUGCUUCUGGUCGCCCGCCAUUCACCGCCGCACUCGAUCUUUCAACAAGAGCACGUCGGAGGGGCGCUGCACGCCCCAGCCCCCGUCACCCGAUGUGUCCGUGUCGGGAGGCGGCAGCAACCACCACGCUGGGCUCAACGCAGAGCAGCACCGCUCCGCCGAUCGGAGCCUCCGCGAUUCCUUCUACGAGUCCACGCGCUCCUCCACGCCAGAUAUGUGCUCCGAAGAAGUCUUCUUGGUGGUGCAGCCUUGGGAGAAGAGAGCCUUCCCGUUGCGCGAACAAGAAGAGAUCGCCCUGGCAGACGGCGAUUGCAACCACAGCGACGAGCGGCGCUCUGCCUCGCCCACACAGCAGUUCCAUCGCCAUCCGCCGCCGCCGUCCACCGGCAACUCCGAGGAGCCCUCCGCCGCAGCGCCGCCUCCGUACGUCGCAGAGCGGGACGGCGCCGCGCCACCGCCCAGGGAGGAGCGGAGGCCGGCGAAGCGCAGCUUGCGCUCCGCCUCCGCGCGGCAACCGUCGGGGGGAGGGGGCCACGAGAGAGCGUUGGCGCCGCACGACGGCAAAACCGCGGAGCCGCGGAGUCGCAGCGCGGCGGGCUCCGUGGGCCCGACGAGCGGCGACGAUAAUAAUAAUAAUAAUUACCACACGCCAAGCGGCCGCACGAGAGCGGGCGAUGGAAAGUCGCGGAACUCCAUUGUGCUGAGGGCGGGGAGACGAACAAACUCGCACUGACGCCGGCUCCGCUUGUGCUUGCGCCUCUCUGUUGGGUUGUAACCGGCCAGCAUGAGCAGCACCUGUACACAGCAGGCCUGUGCAUGGCUCUCCUGUUCAAUGACAAUGAUAUCGACGAAUGCUGCUGUUUCUCUGGAAUGAUGGGGCUCUCACGUUUGUAAUGAAGCCGACGCGAUGCACAAUUUUAGGAUUGUUUCCAUGUAUGAAAAGAAAAAUGUACAUUUGAAAAAAAUAAAUGUUAAUACUGUGCAAAUAACGAGAAAUAUAAAAAUAAAUGUUUCACACCCAGUUUAAAUUGUUUGGACGAACUUUGGAAUAGCUCUUACUUGCCAAACUUUUGUUUAAACCAAGUAUUUCACGUCUUGUCGUCUGUCUCCUUCCAUCGUUGUUGGGACUGGUGGGAUGAUGGGUGUUAAGGGGGUUUGAAAUGUGCACUAAGUGUGUUAAUGAUCUAUUUACCACAGCGUUUAUCCGCCUUGCUCUGCAUAUAUCACAACAGGGAUAUCUGCCCUUUUGUAUAAUACGUAGAAUAAACAAUCGUUCUUAUUUUACUCAAUAGGUGCAAGAAUUGGCAAUCUUUUGGAAGAUAUUUUUUAAAAAUUGUCACUCGUAGAAUAAUCAUUGCCUUUGUACAUAUGGAGUUUGCAUUUGUACCCACGUUAGAUAUGUAGGAUAUGUAAUUGUUAUGUAUAUAUUAUAACCUCCCUGUUCUCUCAGGGAGCCUGGCAUUGUAACUUCUGUGACUUUACACCACCUGAAUGUUCAGUAUACAGUACUGUGCUUACAAAAAUAAUUAAAAACACCACGACUCUUAAA